CUGGGCGAAUCGUGAGUGGGCGGAAAGCAAAACAAGGCGUCACCCGCCAUGCAGCUGCCUCUCUCCUUCUUGCAUUUGCAUUCCAGUCUCUCCCCCAUUGUUCCGCUUCGCCCCGGAUUUGCACGGCGCACGACGCCAUUGUCUUGUCCGUUUCCGACCUUCUCUCGCUCUCAUUCUGCCUCUUGUCAUUCUUUUCACCAACCGCCGCUGUCGGGAAUAAGAUUCCCUCACCUUCACCAUCGACCUCAGCGCACCGUUCGACCCGCCCAUGUAAACAAAGCAUCGACAUCGACUUCCCGCCGGUCGUUGCUCCCCUCGCAACGACCUCCCCGAAGCCUGCGCCAUGUCGACAAAGUCAAAGACGUACUCUCUGCUCAAUGGCGCUCACACGGCCGGCAUCUUCGCCGACAUGACGGUCGACGGGCCCAUCAUCGGGACCCUCGUCGCCAUUGUCGACCGCGCCAAGAACCUACCCAACCGCAAGACAAUUGGCAAACAAGACCCAUAUUGCGCUGCCAGGCUCGGCAAGGAAGCAAAGAAGACGUCGACGGACAUUCGCGGUGGCCAGACUCCCAAGUGGGACCAGGAACUUCGCUUCACCGUUCACGACUCGCCCGACUACUACCAGCUCAAGGUAUCCGUGUUCAACGAUGACAAGAAGACGGAUUUGAUAGGAGAGGCCUGGGUUGACCUCAAGGCCAUCGUUGUCCCUGGCGGCGGCCAGAGCGAUAUGUGGCAGAGUCUGACAUAUCGGGGCAAGUAUGCCGGCGAGAUUCGGAUCGAGAUCACAUACUACGACACGAGGCCCAAGCCCGAGAAGCUACCCGUGAGAGCUCGCCAGUCUCUGCCGUCUGAGCAAGAGGCCGCCUCAUCGAGGCAAACCACGCCCGUCAAGCGGCGGCCGUUGCCUUCCGAUCCCGUGACGGGCGAGGCCCCCCCGCCACCUGCGUCCGCCCCGUUGCCCGCCGAGAGCCACCACCACACGCCUCCUCGCUCGCACGGCAAGUCUGCUUCGCACGCCGGCUUCGUUCCGACGCAGUCCCCACUGCAGGCAGUGGAAUACAACACACCCCCGCCUGCGUCUCGACCAUAUCCGGACCAUUACUCGCCCUCACCCCAGUCGGGAUAUUCGAGUGGCCGGGUGGAUGGACCUCGAGUGCCACGGGCUCGAGCAUCUCUCGAUAGUCACACGCCGCCUCGUCCCAUCGAGGAACGGGGAUAUGGGCAGAGCACGCCUGCCUCGCCCUACGACCAGCCAUCGCCCAGGCGGCAACCCUCGCCGCUCGCAGAGCAUCACGAGCUACCCUCGGGAGACGACCCCAGGCAACCCGCACCCUUUGAAGAUGGGCGACCACCCCCUCCGCCGGCCCAUCGAUCGAGGCACAACAGUGGCGGUCAGGAGCUGGCUCACAGAGGCUACGACACCUCGCCCCAAAAGUCCACGCCGUCGAUGCAGAUGCGGCAGGACGUUCUCAAGAGCGAGGCUCACAGACACUCCUCACCGUCGUAUCCCGGUCGUCCGACAUUUCGACCUUACGAGCCGUCAAUGCCGUCACCGAACCAGCCAGAUUCCCAGAACACCCCGCCGUACGAGUCUUCAUCGCCAAGAUAUCACCCAUAUGAUGCUCCAUACGACCAGCAAUAUCGAUCGAUGCAGCCUACGGUCGAGGACGUCCCUGAAUCCCCGCCAGGCCCUCUGGCAAACCCCUACAAGCACCAUGGUGCAAACAGGAUGAACUCGCAUGACGAGAUGAUGUUUCAAACAAACCCGACCCCUGGACCCCUUAAUCUGAGCCGAUCUCCUGGUGGGUCGUCGUAUCCCCAGAGCCAGCCUCCGGGCCACUAUCAUUCGGCUUCGUACCAGGAGCAUCCUGAGCCUCCAGCUUCGGUGUCCCCUUUGUCGGUUAGGGACUACUCCAACAGCCCAACAUACCCGCAGCAGAACAGCCAAUAUCGCCCGAGUCCGCGUCGCGAGUUCGAACCAAGCCACGCGAGAAAUUCGCCGAGCUAUGGAACGCCGGAUGUGCCUUCCUCUUUGUCGCCGGGCAUGGAUCCGGUUCUGUCCCAGGAGAUUGCCGAACAUAUCUACGAGGAGCGUCGAUAUGACAGCCGGGACAGCAGGUACCCUCCGCAAAUGACGACGCCGACUCGGGGGCGCCACCACAGCGAAGGACCGCCUUCUUAUGGGACAUCGCCCAACGCAUACGCCACGCAAGGCUACAGCGAACGGCCUGCAGUGACUUAUUCGGGAAGCCACGAUACACAAAUGGUCCUCCGCAGACGCGAAGUCUCACCCAACCCCAAUGUCCAGCACACGAUCCGACGGAAGUCGGUCAGCCCGGCUCCGCCUCCGUCAGAAACUAGAAGGGCGUCAGAUAUCCCGUUUGGCCCUGAUUCGUACGACGCACUGAACCCCAGUGUAUCAUCAUCGAAUAUCGCGGGCGAUGGCACCGGUCGAGCACAUCCGGACGACAAAAUCAUCACGCACGACGGUCGCGAGAUUGAUCCUUCGGAUCACCUGCCCAUGGAGUCUUGGGCCCCGGAGCCCGAACCCAAGGGCUCGAAGGAGCCGUCUCCCGAGCCACGAUCGAGGCCGUCGCCGGCAGGGGCUCAGCCAAUGCCUCCGAGUGGUCGCCGGCCACUCCGCGUGGCCGCCAGGCCGCAGUCGAUGGCGGCACUGCCCGCGCCGUCUCAUGGCUAUAACGAGGAUCAUCGUGCACCUCCAGCACCUACAAACGGAGGCCGGAAUCGGCUUCAGAAGAAGGCCUAUCGCGGGUCUGCAGGCCCGGGCCCGUCGCCGUCCACGUCGAGCCCUCUGGCUCCGGUCUCGACGGAUAACUACCAAGAUAGACAGGGCCAGUACACUCCUAGCAGGGGACCUCGCCGCGGCCACUCCUUCGACUACCCCAACGAGAAUCACCACCCUCACUACGCGUCGGGGCCGCCGAUUCCGGCCAAGGUGCCGCUGCCGGUGAUGAGCGGCGCCAACGGCGGCGUCGACCAAGCCCUGAUGCAGGAGAUGCAGAGAAUCGACAUUGGCACUGGAAGGUCCCGGCGCAGGGGUGGAUAUUGAGGGCGCAUAGGAGGAAGAAUAGGAACGAGAGCAGGAAAUGGAAGUUUUCGUGUACAUUUCAUCAUCAAUCUCGGCGUUGCAUGUUUGGGCACACUGGCGUUUCUGUUUGGGGGCCACGGCAUUAGAAUCAUGUUGAACAUGUGUGUACGCAGACAUAAGGAAGAGCCUCGACCAUUGAAAUCGAGCAAGGGAGAAACAAACUGGAAGCUUGGAAGAAGAAAAGUCCGUUUAAAUGUGUGAUUUGACGAAGCCGCAUCAUAUACAUCGUG